AUGAAGUAAGUUUGGCACGUUUUGCACUGUAAUUUUGUACUGAGCAUCUGAUUUUAACUUUUUUAUGAUAAAAAUAUAAAUUUAGGUCAUUUUUCAUAUUUUUGUGAAAAAGUCCGGGUCAUAAAAUUAAGGUACCAAAGCUAAGUUAGUACUACUUAAUUACAAAAAAUAGUCCAAUACUAUCAGGAUUGACCGUAUUUUACAACAUAUUACCUAAACAACUUUAUUUUUAGCAAAGCCGCGGCCGGAGCCUACUUUAAGGUCAAGGACAAAGAAACGGGUCAAUCCUACUUGGCCCAGUUGAAGCCCAUGACUUCGGAGUUGUCCAAUUACAUCAGCAUACACAAUGUUGUUGAUCACCCACAUCUGGCCCAGUUACAUGCCGCCAUAGCCGAUAAAGGGCUAGCCGUACUAAUCUUCGAAGAGUAAGUGGGGGCGAAGGUCGGAAAUGGUCGAUUUUGGCCGAGAAAAAGGGGAAAAAUGAGGGUUAAUGAUAUUGCGGUAGGUCGGGAGAUAGUUGGGGAGUAGGGAAAUAGUAUUUGAAAGCGUUCAGGUUUUAGCGUGUUAAAGAAAGUGGCAAAAAAGUGGCGAAAAGUGGGGAAAACUUUAAAAAUUUAGUGAUUUUUCACGUUUUUUGAGAGAUUUUCUAUAAAAGUUGGCAAAAUAUGCCAUUUUCAAUGAGAUCAUCCCUAGAAAAAGACUAAAGUCAACCUUAAAAUAGCCUCAAAAUCCCCUCAAACCCCCUACAAACCUCACCCAUGCCCAUAGAAAACCCCACCUCAGAAAUACUACGCAAAACUCGAAGCCGAUUCCGAAGCCAGAGAAGCAGAGAAAGCAAUCAGUCCGGCUUCGAAAGCGGAGGAAAGUCGGGCACAGUUGUCGCCCUAAGGGCCUCACAAGUACAUACACAUUUGGCCCGAGAUCCGGAUAUUCAACUUGUUCGUGUGUGUUAUGUAGAACGACGAUGCCACUGCGACAGAUUAAUAUGUAAGAUUGACGGGGAAAAAUAUGUCAUCCGCCCGCGGCACAUGGGUUUUGCGGAGGGGGGUGAUUGGACGGGUUUGAAACUCUAGGAAACGCAAGGUUAUUAUUAGUCAUAAUGAAGGUUAAUUGUAAUAGGUUUUAGCUUUUACAUAUUGGGUUGUUCAAAUUAUUGUGUGCCCUCUCAAAGAAAAUUUUCGGGGUUAGGAGCACAGGAUUACUUGAACAACCUAAUAAAAAAUUGUUUAUGUAGCCAUAAGAGAGCCAAAGCUAGAAGGAGGUAAGGUACCAUAACAUACGGUAAAACAUCCUGUUCCUAUUCCUACCAAAAAUUGCUGACAUAAGGAACGGUCCGGGUCCAACUUUUCAGGCCCGGCACUAUCUAAAUUUUGCUCAAGUCGGCCCGUCCCAAAUUUUUUACGUGCAAACAAGCCGGGCUUUUUCGGACCGGGCCUUGAUUUUCAAGCCCGGCCUAACCUAAAGUUAGGUCACGGCCGGCCAGGAACGUUCCUCAUGUCUAGCCCUGCCCUUGGUUUACCCUAGCCUUGAUCUUGCAUUAUCAUGCCUUAAUACCCUACAACGGUUCCUACCCUAUUCUACCCUGCUAUACCCUCGUCUUUCUUUGGUUUUACCCUAGCCUUGAUCUUCCCUUACCUUGCCUUGAACCAAUUUGGAAAAACUUACCCCUACCCUGCCCUGUCCUACCCUUUCCUUGGUUUAUCCUACACUUCAUCCUGUCUAGGCCCGUUCCUCAUGUCUAGCCCUACCCUUGGUUUACCCUGUCUUAAAACAUACCCUAAAACUAUUCCUACCUUAUUUCUACACUGCUCUAUCCUAGCCCUUCAUUGCUUUACCCUAGCCUUGAUUUUGUUUUAAUCUUCCUUAAACAACAAGCCCAACCUUAUCCCUGUAAAAAGCCUAAAUCCUAGGAAUUUAAAAAGUUUUAAGAGCCCGCACACCUUUCUUCCCCUGAGGCCGCGCAAGUGGGUGGGGUGGGAAUCAAAGACGAAGGUAGCGCAGAAAAAUGUUUGCUAACCAAGAUCUAAUAGCAAUAUGAGCACAAGAUCGCUAAGUCCGCUCGAUUUUUCCAGUGCCGACCGUUCCUUGCUGGACUCGUUGGUGGCACGACCUGGCGAACAUGUCGAGGUGUUUGGGGCCGAACGUGAGGCACAGGUCCGCAUCUUUGCCAAACAAUUGCUCACCGCCUUACAAUACAUGCACAAUCGGAACAUAGCGCAUUUGGAUUUGAGGCCGGAGGCUGUAUUACUACAGGAUGACCAUUUGAGAUUGGCUGAUUUUGGACAAAGCAGGUGGGUUUUGACCUUUACUAUAUGACCAUACAUUGCCGUUUUAUAGUACUACAAUGGGGUGGGGUAAAAAAAGGUUGGCUCUAAAGUGAAAAAAGGGAAAAAAUUUUUGCUGAAAAAAUUUUGUUUUUCAAAUUAAAUUUUUUUUGAAAUUUCAUUUUAAAGAACCAAACAGGGGGGACCAAGUUCAAUAUUUUUUAGAAAAAAAAAUAUUUUGAAAAAUAUUGGGUUGUUCAAAUAAUUCUAUGCCCCUUAACAUCAAAAAUUUGCUUUGAGAGGAGGCACACAAUCAUUUGAACAACCUGAUGUAUUUAAAACCUAUAUUUUUCACUUUUUUUUUUUUGCAAUUUUUUUUCAAAAACUGCCAUUCCUUUUUCAAAAAUAGACUAACUUUAAAUUCCUAUUAACUUCAGACAUUUACUCCGUGGUAAAGUGACUGGUAAUAUCAAAGCCACCCCCGAGUUUGUCUCCCCAGAAAUCGCCCAGGGCCAAACCGUCACUUUGGCCGCUGAUAUGUGGAGUGCUGGGGCUUUGAUAUACGUACUGUAAGUUGGUUAUCUUUUUAUUUUCAUUAAUUUAGGUAAAAACCUUAACAUUUGUAAUAUUAGGUUGUUAAAAUAAUUCUGUGCCCCCUUCAAAGCAUUCGGUUCACAUCCCAAACUAAGACUGACAAACGGAGUAACAGUUAUUUUUUUCAUAUUUCAGGCUAUCUGGAGUAUCACCCUUCUUGGGAGACAAUGAUCGAGAAACUCUGACCAAUAUUGUUACUGGAAACUACUCAUUGGAGUCAGAGCCUUUUAAAGACAUUACAAUUGAGGCCAAAGAUUUCCUACAGAAAUUACUGUUGUUGGACCCAAGGUAACGGCUAUAUCAUGAUCGUUCGGUCGAUUAUUUUAUGGCCAUUAUACAUAUAGUGUGGACAUAUCAUAAUCGACCAAAAAUCUUUUUUUUAUUUUUCCACCGCCAGCUAUUUUAAGAUUUUGCUUUGAAAUUCAUUAAAAAAAAGCAAAAAAGCCUCAAGCUUUACAAUUAAAUUCUUAUUUUAAUUUUUUUAAAUUUGUAAAAAAUUGAAAAAAAAAUAGUUUUAAAUUUUCUUUAUUUUUACAAAACCAAAAACAGGCCUACACUAGUCCAUACCACAAAAAAACUUUUUUAGCAAAAGAAUGUCAGUAGACCAAGCCCUGACCCAUGAUUGGUUGGCUGAUCCAGCUCUGAAAGAUGCCACAUUACGAACAGACUGUUUGAGAGAAUUCAAAUACCAACAUAAAUGGCUGGUAAGUCUAGUUUUUCGAAGUUAAAGACUAUAUUUAUACGUGCCCGACCCUAGGGUGAGACCGGCUCGGCCUUGAGCUAAAGUUCAUACGGGCCGGGCUUAAAAGUUGGAUCCGGCCAGCGGGCAGGCUUGACAAGUAGAGCCGAGUCUGAAGAAAAAUGAAAAAGCCUAAACUUUAAGCCCCAAGCCUUGGCCAAACCUCAAAAAGCGGGCCAUGUCCGUUUCUCACCCCUACCCUCAAAAAAAGAAUUCAAAGAUCCAAUUAACAAUAUAAAACAUUAAAUAAGCCUCCCCUCCCUGUCACUAAACCUUAAGAAAUAAACUUUUUGACAAACCUAACACAAUAUUUCUUGUCAACAAACAUAUCUGACUUAUCAAACAACCUUUGACAUGCCAAACCUCUCCAACCCCCAACUUAUCAGCAACUUCUUUCAGGAACGGCGCGUGUUUGUGCAACAGACCCCCUCUGAGCAGCUAACACAAAUGCUUGAGUCCCCACGUCGUUCCGUCGCUCAAACCGAGAAACUCGAGGCGGCUGGCAGUUUGCCACAAAGGGCGGAGCCCUACGUGGUCUACGAUUACAACGCCAUCAAGGAGCAGAACGACGGGAUUCCCGAGUUUGUGCCGGGCACGAACCCCCAGCCGAGAACGAUUCCGAAGCACAUUCAGGACCAAAUCCGGCUACAGCUUCAGCAACGGCCGCCGCCCUUCUACGACCCCAAGAGCAUGCCACCGCCUGGGGCUGAUCAACCUUAUCAUGGUGGUCGAGAUCGACCUGGUCAUGGGGGUUUGCCUGGGCAUGGUAAUUUACCUGGAGAUGGUAGCCAAGACCCCAGAUCAAGCCACAGCAAUCUACCAGGCGGUGAUCGACAACCCCCACCAAGGCCCGAGGACAUUCUAGCUCAAUUGGGAAUCGACCCUCGCAAGCUACAAGGCUUCCAGGGUGCUCUACCCCCGCCCGAACCACCGCGGAGCCCCAACAGCCAAAGAAAGCGAUUGGAGCCGCAGGCCAAGGGCGAAACCCCCUCCCAACGGAGCAGUCCCCGGCCACAGCCCGCUCCGGAAUACGACGAAAAUGAACCCGUACGUUGACAACUGUUUUUUGAUUACUAGUUUGUUUGAAAAAAGUUACUUUUUUCUUUUCGAAAGAAUGACAAAACUGACCGGCAAGUCGAUAUUGAAAGCGUUUUUUAUUAUUACUGUAGAUUUUUUUUUGUUUUACUGUAGGUAUUAUUAACGAUGGUAGGUAGAGAAGGGUAGAAUAAGGUAGGGUAAAACAAAUUAAGGUGGCUCAGAGUCAAGUAGAGUAGAGCGAGGCAAAGUAGGGAAGAACAUGAUAAGGUAGAGAAAUAUAGGGUUGGGUAGGGAAAGGCCAGUUAGGAUAUGGUAAGCCAAGCCAAAUUAAGGUAGAGCGGAGUAAGGCAUAUUAUGAUAAGGUAAGUUAAGGCAAAGUAAGGUAAGUUAAGGUAAGGCAAGAUAAGGUAAGUUAAGGAAAAGUAAGGUAGGGUAAAAUAAGGUAGAGCUAACAGGGUCGGGUAGAACAGGGUAAGGCAAUGUAGGAUCGGUAAAGAUUGAGUAGAGCAAGGUAUUUAGGCUAUAGGUCAGUAUUUCAGGGUCAGUCGAAUAAGUUCAGUCAAAACGUGCCAUGAAAUUAGUUUUCAAAGACAACAUGCUGUUUCCCUGGCUAUAAAAAUCAACAAAUUAACUUUUUGACAUUUUAUUUCCGAAAGCCAAUUUUCUAAAAUUUAUAAAAGUUUGCAUUUUGUUUGGAGAACGUUUUUGGACUACCUUCACAUUUAAAAACGAAAAUUAUCGUUUUUGAAUAUUAUUUUUUAAUAAUACCUUGAUAAGCUUGACCAAACUGUUAGCGAUAGUUGGCAAUUUUGGUGCAGCGCUUUGUAGCUGACUUUAAGGCCCUGCCAGGGGAUAACUAACGAGGAAAUUGUCAGACCUGCCCCGCUCUCAUUGGCUUCAAACUUUAUAUCUAGAAUAAUUAUGUAAAUAUAAUUCAGAUGAGUACUAAAACUAAAUCGCGUUUUCUAUCGAAAAAAUCAAAAUCAAAAAUAAAUUUUGAAUCUUCGGCCAGAUUGGCAUUGUGCUUCAAGCUUGUAACUUCGGCAUUUUUUAAAUUCUAAUCAUUUUUCUUUAAUAUACUAGUAAAAAACUUUUAAAUGGACCUACAUUUUUAAAGUUGUAAGCGUAGCUUGUCUAGAAAGUUGAAAAAAGUGCUUGAAACACAAUGACAAGUAUUCCAAAUUGGCAGGAAAUUCAAGUAAAAAUAUUUAAAAUUUUAAAGCUCAAAAGCACAAAUUAUCGUUUAUAAAUGACAACGCUUUUAGGUACCACCAAUCCAGCUGAUCCGCGGUGAGAACCGUCAAAUUCAGUACGAGCUGGCUACGCGAAAUCUCUCCGACAUUUCGGAGGAAUGUUCUGUAGCAGGGUCAGUGGCGUCGUUGGACGAUGUGCAGGACAUUCCGCCAAAGGUAAGCUCGUUUUAAAUUUGACAAACAUAAGUUUACUUUUUACUGUUCUUCCAAUACCCUAACUUUCUAACUCUCUUGCUUCAACUUCUACUAGCUAUUGGGUUGUUCAGAUAAUUCUGUGCCCUUAAUCCCGAAACUUUGCUUUCAUUGCUUUGAGAAGGGCACUAAAUUAGCUGAACAACCUAUAACUUCAUUUCCAAACUUAUACCUAGAAUUAAACUUUUCCAAUUUGAAGCUUCUUCACCUAUCAGCUACAUUAACAUCAUAUCAUGGAGCCUUCAUUAAAAAUUUCUUAAUGAAGGCCCUGAUAUAUGUAUAUAAUCACGCAAUUUCCACUCUAUCGCUUUUAGGACAAACAUGAAGCACACAGUCGCUCCACCACACCUCACGCCGAAUCUGACACCUCAACCCCGCUAGCCUCACCUACAUUAACAAUCGAAUCCAAUGAACCGAAUCCGAUUCAACAAUUCUUUGGAGAUGAAGCCAAAAUACCACCACAAGUCAACGACCCCAAGAUACCGGUCGGUGCACCAAUUUUCUUGGAAGAACUCAACAAAGGCCAGCCGUUAACAGUCCAGCUACCUAUUCGACCUGGAGGCAAACGAAGUCCGAUGUCGUUGAGUCCGGCUUCGAACAAAUCGACCGGUACCAAGAGUCCCAUCAUGAUGUCGCCAGGUCAGGAGCAUCAGAUGGAGUGUGUCAUUGCUGUGAAGUACGGUAAACAGCGAAGAGUAUUCGGGUUGGGGGAGGAGGCUAGGGAGCUGGAUGAUAAGGAAGGAGAUGACAAAGAUCGAGGUGGUAAGGCUGUCACAGCUCAAAUCAAGACUCAUGAUGAUGAUGGCUUGGCGAAGAUUAAAAAGGUAAGGGAGGAGAGGGAAAGGAAGGAUUCAAAAAGGCAAAGAUGAUAUCAUAAAAUGGUAAAACUUGGCAUAAAAAGGUUAAAAUAAGGUUAUAAACGCGACAAAUAUAGUACUAUAAGGUGAAGGAGAUUGACAAACUGAAUAUUAGUAAUAUGAGGAAGAUUAACAAAAGUAAGAUAAAGAUCGAUAAGAUGAAGAAGAUCAACAAAAGCGGUACCAUAAAGUUAAGAACACAAAAAAAAGGUACUAUGGGAUGAAGAAGAUCGACAGGUACUAUAAGAUGACAAAAUCAAGAAAAAUAGUCCUACAAGGCCAGAGGAAAAGCCAACAAUAUACCGGAAGAUGACACAAAAAUAUUGAAAAGCCAAAUGAACUUCCUAAACCUACUAUAAUACCCUUGCAAAUACCAAAAAUAGCUCAAAAUACUGUCUCAAAACCAAUUUUUUGCCAAAAACUGCCAUAACAAAACGGUUUUUUAAUCAAAUCACACCUUUCUCCCUUUUAUUGAGUUGUUCAAAUAAUUCUGUGCCCCAAACCCGGAAAAUUUGCUUUCAAGUGGAGCACAGAAUUAAUUGAUCAACCUAAUAUAAGACCAUCUUUUCCAUCAAAAAACAUUUUAAAACCAGAUAUAAACCCUCAAUUUUAAUCUAAAUCACCUAAAACCCAAUUAAAUGACCACAAAUUUGAUUACAACGUCUUAAAACUAGAAUUGACUAGUGUAAAACACACGGUAAUUUGUCGCCACAAAUCAUACGGAUCAUAAAAUGCACAUGGCCUAUAAAAUAGCCUCAGGAAGGUUGUGUUUUGAGACAAUCUGCUAACCCUUUCUUCCAUUUUUCCUUCAUCUAUCGCUAUGCUUUCCCGAUACCUACAAGAUUUUGCCAAGUUUUAGGGUGAUUUUGUGGAUAACAGUAGUGUUUUAGUUUCUGUAAGUUUGAAAAGACCAGAUUUUAUAAGGGUAAUAUCUUAUUUUUACACUCCGUAAUAAUUUGUAGAGCUUUUAAGGGCAGAAGGAUGACAAUACUAAAGUUCUGCCAGGCUAUUUUUGAGCUCAAUAUGCCAAAAAAGUGGCAAAAACGUUGCGCUCUUGAUCAAAAACAACGCAUAGAAACCCAAUAUAGCUUACAAUAGCUUCAAAAUCAAGAUUAUUACCAUGAGAAAACCCAUAUCAUCCUUUAUGUACAACAACUAUUCCAUUAUCAUAUCUUCUAAAUCCUAAAAAUCAACCUUUUCUUUCAGGACCCCCUAGCCGAUCUCGAGAAAUAUCGUGUCAAAAAUUACUACAAAGACGAAGAUAUUGACUUUGAUCGGCGUGAAAUGGACGUGGACGAUUAUCCUUGGGAAUCCAACUAUCAAAUCGGCCCUGAAACCCUACUUUUGGCCACAAAAGGAGCCAACUUCAACGCACGGGUUCGAGACUAUCGUCGUAUGUUAUGGGGAGAUGGUGCUCCACUAGUGCAUCAAGGCAUUCUCGGCUACCGUAACCAAGAUAUUACUGUACGUGAGAGAAGACGUUUCACAGAUUUGAUCCGGGAAGAGCCUCAAAUAGCCAAAAGUGUAGAGAAGGUGGAUCGAGAGCUAGGCCAGACCAUUAUGGGCAGUGUUAGAAGACAUCGACCAGAACUGAUAGUACAAGACGGAGAAACUACAGUAAGACCGGACGGAUGUCAUCGACCAAUCUUCAGGAAACGCCUUCAUGACGAGUGUUUGAAGGAGGAUGGCAACAAUGUCAUGUUGAGUUGUCAAGUUAUCGGUAACCCAAAGCCUGAAGUGACGUGGUAUCAUCAAGGAAGUGCACUAACUGAAGGUGACAAGUUCAAAAUGAUACAUGAAGGUCAAGAAGUGAGGUUGAUUAUUAAUAAUCUGAUGUUUGUGGACGCUGGAGAGUAUUCUUGUACUGCGACUAAUGAAAUGGGCAGUGAUUCAACUUCUUGUCGGCUGAUUUCUGGCAGUAAGUUUGAAGUUUUUACUAAUUUCUUGAGUUCCAACUCCUAACUUGUAGCCAGCUCUAACUGAUAAUAGAUAGACUAUAGUUAACAUAGAUGACAUAUGAAACUCUGAUUUUGCUGAAUUUUCAAAAGAAACCCACCAAAAACUUUAAGAUUUAACAUAAUAUCCCCUACUGCAAUAUCCAAACCCCUAAUUUUAGGUGAGCCCGGCCGUCCAGGUCGCCCAGAGAUCAACCUGGCCUCAGACACAGAAGCCUUCAUCGAAUGGGAGCCUCCAGAGCACCGGCCAAGCAUGUUUGGCAUCAUCUACAAGCUCGAAUCCCGCCCAGCCGGAGACAAUGACCACUUCGCUGUCUGGACCACAAUUAGUGAAAAGGUCGAAGCCGAAUUCGUGGUUGUAAAGCAUUUAUCGCCUGGAGGCAUCUACCAGUUCCGAGUGACAGCGUGCAACGGAUUCGGAUGGGGAGAGCCAUCUUUAACAUCCAGAAUCAUCCGAACUCACAAUCGUGGAGUGCCUAAGCUUAACAUGGACAUUCUGCGACGACAUCACCGUCUUCAAAUCGUGGCCAUGCCUCAGAAGAUGAGCAAGGCCAAGUCCGGACUGACCGAGAUAUGUGAGGAAGAAGAGGAUGAAGAAGAGAUCGACGAGAAAGCGAGUUCAAUCAGCUCAGUAAAAGACGAAAAUACGACCAUUUUGACCGAAGAACCGACUAACCGCUUCGAAUUCAAACACGAAAUCUUCCGCGGAAAGUUCAGUUUGGUGCGCGAAGCCGUGGACAAGAACUCGGCCAAACACUGCUGCUUCAAGGUUCGACCGUUCGAUCAGACCGAGUUCGACACGUUGUUGGCUAGCCAGCAUGAACAUGUGGUCAAGUUGGUGGCGGGCUACAAGAAGUCGAAUUGUCUGUUGUUGUUCACAGAAUGCUUGGCCGAGAAUGUCUUUGAGAGAUUCGUAGCCACUGAUCCCUAUACCGAGGAACAUAUCGCGCUUACUGUGAGGCAAAUCUGCUCUGCACUUCAUUGGAUUCACUUUAAAGGGUAAUAUCUUCAUAAUAAGAGUACUUAAGACCUUCCUAAUAUUGUAGUAAUGUAUACAGAAUAAUAUAAAACAGUAUCAGAGUUUUACAAAAGUCUUGUCGUUUUUUACCCUUCAAACCUUACCAAAUAAACGACAAAACUUUCUUCUGAUCUCCCUAACCAACUUUAAAUUAGCCAAAAACCUAAGUAAUAGCCUUAAAACUGCCCUAAAAAGAAUCAAAAAAACCAAAAUAACCUUACCUACUUUCAGAAUAUUGCACUUAGACAUCCAACCAAACAAUGUCAUGUUUGCUGGUCGACGAUCCUGGCUGGUAAAGUUGAUUGACUUCGAUCGAGCUGGAACGAUCGGCAAUACCAAGGAGAUCAACCCAAAAACCGUGAAUCCAGAAUGGGCAGCUCCGGAGGUGCUGAAGGGCGAGAAACCAUCGGCCGAAACUGAUGUUUGGGGCAUGGGCAUGAUCGCUUUCUGCUUGUGAGUUGUUACCUAAAAUAAUAUAACAAAAGACUUGAAAAACUGCCAUUUUUUCUACUACCCCACCUUGCUUUUACCUUAAAUUACCAUAAAAAUGCUCUUACCUUGAUAUAACUUCCAGACUAUUCGGAUUCCAUUCUUUCUCAAGUUGUCACCUAAAAUAAUAUAAUAAAAGAUUAAAAACAGCCAUUUUUUAAACUACCCCAUCUUGCUUUCAACUUCAACUGCCAUAAAAAUGCUUUUAUGUUGCUAUAACUUCUAAAUUUUAAAAUUUUAUUCAUUCUCAAGUUGUUACCUAAAAUAAUAUAAUAAGUCUUUAAAAGCUGCUAUUUUGACCGUUUAUUACCUCACUUUACCCCGUUUAACAAUAGAAAUGUUCUUACCUCUUAUGCCUUUCAGAUUAUCCGGAUUCCAUCCAUUUUCAAGCGAAGGUGAUAACGCUGAAACGAUUCGAAACGCCGUUCUCACCGAGAAAUGUGAUCCAAAUCUGAUUCCAGUCCAGGCUAGCCAAGAAGCUUUGCGAUUUGCUACAUGGGCCAUCAAAAAGGAUCCUCGGUAGGUCUACCAUAACUUAUUUUACAUUUAUUUUAUUGUAAAAUUUACUUUUUUUGAAGAUUUUAUUACUUUGAAUUCGAGACGAAGUGUAACUAUUGAUCUUUUCGGAUUUUCUUGAUUUUUCCCUCAAUUCUCCCCUUUUCAGACGCCGAAUGCGGACAGAAGAAGCCUUAAGCCAUCGAUUCUUAGCCAACGACGCCACGAUGGUGAGAAGACGCGAGAACAUCAAGUAUCCGAACAGCCGCAUCCAACGUACCGCUCACAGAACGAUGCAACGGAAACCGACCCAACUUUGGGAUGGAAACGUGGAGAAGUUCGGUGAAGGAAGGCAGAUGCCUCCGCCGGGAAUGAACGGCGGAGGAGGCGGACAAUUUGGAGGAUUGGGACCAAUGCCACCGCCGUUGCAGAGGAACGGCAGUGCUGGGAACGUGCCGCAACGUUCUCGGGCUCGUGAAGUUUAA